UAGGCACGUCAUCACAGGAUAUAUUCUUAUUGGUUGAUAUCAUAGGUACACUUACCAAACGUUAUUCAUUUCUUCGUCUUCACCCAGUUACUACGCUCAAAAUGUUUCAACGUUAUAUUUUUGUCACCGGUGGAGCUGGCUUUGUUGGCAGUCAUCUUGUGAUUCAUCUUGUGGAGAAAUAUCCAGAAUACUACAUUGUUAAUUACGAUAAAUUGAAUUACUGUUCUUCAUUGAAACCUCUUGAGUAUCUUCGCACAAAACCCAACUACAAAUUUAUUUUGGGAGAUAUUUGUGAUCCUCAAACUGUAUACAAUACACUUAAAAAAAACAACAUUGACACUAUCCUCCAUCUUGCUGCUGAAUCGCAUGUCGAUUUGUCAUUUGAAAAUCCCCUGGAAUUUUCAUUGACAAAUGUUUAUGGUAGCCAUGUUCUCAUAAAUGCUGCUAAAGAGCUGAAUAUAAAAUUAUUUUUCCAUAUGAGCACAGAUGAAAUAUAUGGUGGUGCACAUAAUGAAAUAUGUUGUGAGGAAAGCAGCUUCCAGCCAAGCAAUCCAUAUGCUGCAACUAAAGCUGCAGCAGAGUGCAUUGUGAUGUCAUACUGGAGAACUUACAAGUUACCUGUGGUUAUGAUCCGUGCCAACAACAUAUAUGGACCUCACCAAUACCCUGACAAGGUUGUACCACGAUUUAUCUCUCGACUUCUGCAAAAUAAAAAAUGUACCAUUCAUGGAGAUGGACAAAAAGUACGAAAUUUCAUCAAUGUCAGUGAUAUUGUCAAUGCCAUUGACACUCUUAUCCAUAAAGGUAAACAUGGAGAAAUUUACAAUAUUGGCAGUGACUUUUCAAUUUCCAUUCUUGAGCUGGCAAAAUUUCUGAUAAAAAAAAUUAAAAAUGUUACCAGUGAAGAUGCUCUCAUGGAGCACAUUGAAUUUGUAAAAGAUCGAGUUUUUAAUGAUAAUCAGUAUAAUAUUAAUUUUACCAAAGUACUUCAAACUGGAUGGAAGACAAAAGAACCUUGGGAAACUGGAAUUGAAAAAACAAUUGAAUGGUACAAAGAGACCAUCAAUGGCUCGAUUUGGAAAAACCAAAAUUUAAUGGAAACAAAUUGAAAUUUAUGGUCAUUAUAGGCUCACUUAGCAGAAGACUGAAUUUCAGAAAAGAUGAAAUAACACCACAUAUAUUAUUAUUAUUAUUAUUAUUAUUAUUAUUAUUAUUAUUAUUAUUAUUAUUAUUAUUAUUAUAUUAUUAUUAUUAUUAUUAUUAUUAUUAUUAUUAUUAUUAUUAUUAUU